AUGAGAACCAAAAUUGAGGAGAAGUUCUCCAACUUCUUUGAAACAUGGAUGUCUAAACUAGAAGAAUAUGUACAGCAUCAUCUCACUCUCAAAAAAGAGGACAAAUCUUCUGAUGAGGAGGUACAUUAUGUGCCAUUAGUGAACAAAUUAACACAACAUCACAAAGAUUACUACACUGCCAAAUGGGCUUGCGCCAGUGAGGAUGUUUUGGCCUUUUUUACACCUGUUUGGUUGAGCCCUUUGGAGAAUGCAUAUCUAUGGAUCACUGGUUGGAAGCCGUCAAUGAUUUUGAGGCUUGUUGAUUCGCUAAGGAAAGGCCAAGUACCCGGUGCAACAAGUCUGGCUGAUUUGAGUGAAGAGCAAGUGAAAAAGAUUGAAGGUUUGAGGAGCAGGAUUAGGGUGGAUGAGGAGAAGGUGGAGAGGGAGAUGGAAAGGCAGCAAGUGGCCAUGGCGGAUAGGAAGAUGGUGGAGCUGGCGAGGCUGGUGAGUUUAACCAAGAAUGGCGAGCACCUGGCGGCGGCCUCGAGUAGUCAGAUCAAUGGGCUUGUGGAGAUGGCGAUAAAAGAGCUGCUGGCUGGCUUGGAAAAAGUGAUGAAAAUGGCUGAUUGUGUGAGGCUUAAGACUCUGAAAGGAGUGUUGGAUGUGUUGAAUCCAAUGCAGAGUGCGGACUUCUUGGCUUCUUCAUCAGUGCUGCAAAUUCAGAUGAGAAAAUGGGGGAAGAAAAGAGAAAAAAGGUCCGUUGAUGAAUGUGAAAAUCACAAGUAG